CCUAGAAGCUUCUCUCCUUGGGACAUCUCCGGGCCCCGGCUCUUUAGACUCGAUGGAUCCUCAACCUGAACCGGUCAGCUACAUCUGUGGAGACUGUGGUAUGGAGAACACACUGAAGCCAGGUGAUGUUAUACAGUGCCGAGAGUGUGGUUACCGUAUCUUGUACAAGAAACGAACCCGCCGCAUUGUUCAGUAUGAGGCACGCUGA